UUUCUUUAUUUAAUUUUCCUCAACUCCUCCUUAAAUUUUCAUCAGCAUUUCGUCCUUCUUCGUUUUCUUUCUCUCUCACGGGAAACCCUUGUUUCAUUUCUUGCUAUCAUAUCUAUAGAGAAAACCUGAAACCAGAAAGAGGUUCUUUCUGCGAUAAACCCUAGCGAUCCAAACGGUCAUUCAGCAUUUCAUGGUGCGAAUCACCGAGUUGAAUCGCAUAGCAAUCUGAGUUUCUGAUCGGUUGACGCGGUCAUGGGUGCUGCGGGCUCCAAGCUUGAAAAGGCUCUUGGCGACCAAUUCCCCGAAGGAGAGCGUUACUUCGGCCUUGAGAAUUUCGGCAACACUUGUUACUGCAACAGCGUCUUGCAGGCACUAUACUUUUGUGUUCCUUUUCGUGAACAAUUACUGGAGUAUUAUGGAAAUAACAAAAGCAUACUGGAUGGGGAGGAAAAUCUUUUGACGUGCUUGGCGGAUUUGUUUUCUCAGAUAAGUUCCCAGAAGAAAAAAACUGGUGUUGUUGCUCCCAAACGAUUUGUACAGAGGCUGAAAAAACAGAAUGAACUCUUCCGUAGCUAUAUGCACCAGGAUGCCCAUGAAUUUUUGAACUUUUUGCUGAAUGAACUUGUUGACAUUCUUGAGAAAGAGAGCCAAGCUGCAAAAACUGCUGAUCAGGAGACCUCACCACCUUCUGAAAAGGCCGCUAAUGGCCCCAAGAAUGGUCAAGCUAAUGGUGUUCACAAAGAGCCAUUAGUUACUUGGGUACACAAAAAUUUUCAGGGAAUACUCACCAAUGAGACAAGGUGCUUGCAAUGUGAAACAGUGACAGCUAGAGAUGAAACAUUUUUAGACUUGAGUCUUGAUAUUGAGCAGAACAGCUCAAUUACAAGCUGUUUGAAAAAUUUCAGUUCCACUGAGACACUGAACGCUGAAGACAAAUUCUUUUGUGACAAAUGCUGCAGUUUGCAAGAAGCUCAGAAGAGGAUGAAGAUAAAGAAACCACCUCACAUCUUGGUCAUCCAUCUUAAGCGUUUUAAGUACAUGGAGCAGCUUGGCCGCUACAAGAAGUUGUCAUAUCGGGUUGUUUUUCCCCUGGAGCUGAAGUUGAGUAACACUGUUGAAGAUGCAGAUAUAGAGUAUUCUCUAUUUGCGGUAGUUGUCCAUGUUGGGAGUGGGCCCAACCAUGGGCAUUAUGUCAGUCUUGUGAAAAGCCAUAACCACUGGUUAUUUUUUGAUGACGAAAAUGUAGAGAUGAUUGACGAAUCUGCUGUGCAGACGUUCUUUGGAUCAUCACAGGAAUAUUCAAGUAAUACAGAUCAUGGGUACAUUUUGUUCUAUGAGAGCCUUGGCUCUGGUAACAGGAAUUAGAUGGAGAAGUUCUACAACUCUUCUGUAAUCAUUUGGACUUCUUUUCACCAGGUUUCCAUAUUUAUUUUCCUUUCUACCGUUUUCCCUUUAUUCAACAUCCCCCAGAGGAUUCGGGUUGUGAAAAUUUAUACUUAGGUGGUUGCCAUGUACAGUGGAUAGUGUUAGCACUGUCCUUUUUCUUUUUACUCUUUCUCACAAUAAGAACAGUAUAUAUAUCGGGUGAAAAUUUCACCAACGAUGUGUAUUCAUGGUUGCAAACGCUCAACCAACAUUAGAAACAAAUGGAAAUUGAUCCUUGAUCCAAA